AAAUAAUUGUAAUGGCCUGUCAGGCAUAGAGUAAGUAACUUGCUCUAUGGUCGCAUUUAAUUAAAUAAAACGGAAAGUUCGAGAGGCAAGUGAACAAGUCCCGCUGAUAUUCGCCAAAAAUCGUGCGUCUUUCGCUCUACACAGGCGAGUGACAGCGGGAGCGGCAGAUGCAGCGGCAGCGGCAGCAGCAGUAGCAGUACCAAUACCAGAGACAGAGCCAAGCAAACAGAAUCGGAGGCGAGUAAAAAAAGUAAGCGGCUCGAAUUUUGGCAUUGCUGUGAGAAGCAAAACGUAGCGGCCUGUGUGCCAGUUAUAUUACAGCGCUCGACAGUCUCGUUUGGAUGAAAUAAUAACAAAAAUACAAAAUUUUAUCAGCUAAAUUCAACCGAUCAAAUAUAUUCGCAAGUUUCGGCCAAAUUUUCCAUGUAUUUAUAGAACCAAAACAGCCAUUCCACCCAGAAACAAGAGGGCGGCAAUACAAAAAAAAAUAUAAAAAAAAAUUUGAAAAAAAAAACGGCUAGCACAAUAAAAAUUAAAAGUACCGUGCGUGAUUUGUAAAGUGUGGCCAAUUUACUUGAACUUCAUACUCUGCCCCAUAAGCCAGCUCAGGCAGAUGCUGCUCCUGAUUAAACCAUCAACAACAACAACAACAACGCCUGAACAAUGGAAAAGCGCAUCUAUUCUGGCAACGGCCGCUGCGACAAUAACACGGUCGCGGCGGCUGCACCAGCUGCCCAAAUCAAGGCAAACGCUCAAAGUGUGAACCACAACAACAGCAACAACAAACCGCAGCAGCUGCCUACAAAUACAAUAACAACAGGAGUCGCCGCCGCCGCCGCCGAUGGCAAUUCUAGUUCAAAGUUGGCAGCCGCAUUUCGGAAUAUCAGAGUCAAUGUGCAGCCGAGCAGAGGAAUGCACUCCUGGCCACGUCAGGACGAGCAGACGGUGCAGGCAACAACUGCAGCGAUUUCAGCUGCACGCGCCCGCGUAGAGGCAGCAGCCGCAGCCGCAGCAGCAGCAAACGCAACAACAACAACAACAAUAAUCAUAAAUAACAAACAGAGCAACAAUGUUAUGAAGCUGCAGAAGCAUCCAUCGUCAGUGUUGGCAAUCGCCGAACAAUAUGCAACGAUUGCGGCCACUUACAGGACGAAGCCACGCAACAAAAGUGACGAGGCUAUCAACGAUCUGCUGCUGCGCAUACCCGACAUUGCACAAAUAUUCGAUGUACAGAGCCGCAUUGGUAACGGUACAUUCAGCACUGUGCUGCUGGCGACGCUCAAGCGGGAGGCACAGCUGCCGGACAGCAUGCGGCGCAAGUUUGCAAUCAAACAUCAUAUACCCACCAGCCAUCCCGAUCGCAUUAUGAAGGAGCUGCAAUGCAUGACAGAAAUGGGGGGCACCGACAACGUUGUGGGCAUCCACUGCUGUUUGCGCUGCGAGGCCUCGGCGGCAUUUGUGAUGCCCUAUAUGCCGCACGAUCGUUUCCACGAUUUCUAUACCAAGAUGGAUGUGCCGGAGAUCCGUUUGUAUAUGCGUAAUCUGCUGCUGGCCCUGCGGCAUGUCCACAAGUUCAACAUUAUUCAUCGCGAUGUGAAGCCCAGCAACUUUCUGUACAAUCGACGACAGGGCCAGUUUCUGCUCGUGGACUUUGGGCUGGCGCAGCAUGUGAAUCUAAGCGGCGGGGCAACCAGCCUAGCUGCCUCGCAGCAGCAUCAGCAUCAGCAGCAGCAGCAGCAUCAGCAGCAGCUUGUGGCGAACAUCAAGCGUCCACGCGACGCGUCCGGACAGCAGCAACAGCAGCAGCAGCCGCCGUCGCCGGCGCCAGCAACUCCGUCGGAGGCGGCACUUGGGGGCGCGGUUAAGCGCAUGCGGCUCAACGAUGAUACAAAUGCCAGCAACUGGAACAAGAUGCCGCUCAAGCCGGUCAAUGAGAUAGCCCACGGCGCCAAGAGCGAGGCCAAACAGAGUCUCGCAGAGACGGCGCCGGACGCACAGCAUUUGGCAGCGGCUCAGUCACAGGCGCCGCCACCGGCACUGGCACAGUCCGUGCAGCCGGAUUCGGCGACCAGCAGCAGCAAGUACAACACAAAUCGCACCGCUGGCGGCGGUGGCAGCAACAGCAACAGCAACAACAACAACAACAACAAUGCGAAAUGCUAUUGCUUUGCGAAUCCGUCCGUUUGCAUCAAUUGCCUUAUGAAGAAGGAGGUGCAUGCCUCGCGAGCGGGCACGCCCGGCUAUCGGCCGCCGGAGGUGCUGCUCAAGUAUGCGGAUCAGACAACCGCCGUGGAUAUAUGGGCAGCGGGCGUCAUCUUCUUAUCGAUACUAUCGUCCGUCUAUCCGUUCUUUAAGGCGCCAAACGAUUUUGUCGCUCUGGCCGAGAUCGUAACCAUAUUUGGUGAUCGAGCCAUACGCAAAACGGCCUUGGCCCUCGAGCGCAUGGUGACGCUUAGCCAGCGCUCGAAGCCGCUCAAUUUGCGCAAGCUGUGCCUGCGCUUCCGGCAUCGGCUCAUCUUUAGUGACCAGCAGAUGGUGCGCAAGCACGAAUCUGCCGACGGCCGGAUCGAUGUCUGCAAGAACUGUGAUCAAUAUUUCUUUAAUUGCCUCUGUGAGGAGAGCCCCUAUGUGACCGAGCCGCUCGAUCCGUACGAAUGUUUCCCGGCCAGCGCCUACGAUCUGCUCAGCCGCCUGCUCGAAAUCAAUCCGCUCAAGCGCAUCACCGCCGAACAGGCGCUCAAUCAUCCCUUCUUUACGGAACAGGCGGCAACGGCAACGUCAACGGCAACGUCAACGGCAGCGGCAGCCGUGCCCGCUGUGCCCGCUGUUGCCGCCAAGCUGCGCACCGAGGCGCCCAAGCAAAUGACGCGCAGGCGCGCCACCAAAGCUGCAGCUGCAGCUGAAGCGGGAGCGGGAGCGGGAGCUGCUUCACCAAUCGCUGAGCAGCCGCAACAAACUCUAAACAAACUGUGAAAACUAGUCGAAAACCCUUUGAUAACCUCUAGAGCUUAGCAUAUAUACUAUAUAUAUAUAUACAUAUAAAUUUUUUUUUUGCCAGUGCCGAGCAUAGUAUAUAUGUAAUUACAAACACACACACACACACACAAUCGUGCCUGUACAUACAUACGCACAUCCUUAACACACACACGCACACGAACACACCCAGACAUACUCACACACACACACACACACAGACACACCCGCGCACUGCCCAGUUAUCAUCCAACAUAGUUCCAUGCAUAUCUUUACAAAGAGAAUUACGAGAGAGGAUCACAAAGUAAAGGGACAUCUAAAACUCAAAUUG